AUGGCGAGGGGGAAAGGCCGAUUUAUGUUUUCGAGGAGGGGAGGGGCGAGAGCGGGGAGAAAGACAGAAGAGAGGGAAGAGGGUAGAGUGGAUAGAGGGAGGAGAACAGCCGGAGUCGGACAUAAAGUCCCCCCCUCAGGCCAUCCACUGUACAGCGGGCAUUUCCUGGCACGCCCCAAACGGCAAAUGAGGCCGGCUUCCGGGGCGGGUCACAGAAUCUGCCCGUUAUCUAUCGGCGGGAAUCCGCUGGCCCGCCCGCCAAUGGCAGUCGCCCGCUCUACUAUCGGGAGGAAUCGGGUGGCAAUGGAAGUAUUAGGAGAAACUCGCAUUUGCCCUGCACGCCAAGAGAUCCUGCAGACUGGCGGAUCACCUGACAUCUCCCUUCCCAUUGGCCUGGCUCCCCCCGCUGCACGGGAGACACGUUGCCUCUCUUCACUCCUUCCCCCAUGUUCCCCGGUGAGCCCCGACGUGGGGGAAUGGGCGGCAAUCACGGUGAUUCCCAUACUUUUAGAGGAUUGUCCCGGUCGGACACGGUUCACUGGGCGGUCUGAUCAUGCGACCACCAUGGGGAGUUCACCGGUGAGCCUGGUUGAGUCUAACAAAGUGGUAGUAGCGCGGUGUUGCCGUAGCAUGUCAAAGUUUCCCGACCCAACAUGGAGUGGAGCCAGUUUGCCUAUCAGUUGCCUCGCUAAUCCUUGCCGUGCUGCCCGGACCAAUCAGCAGUUCACACUAACAAAGCAUCACGAUUCACACGCCGGCUCUUGCCCUCCCCACAUCCCGGAAUGCUAG